AUCGUCAAACGUCAACCAACAACAUAACCACUUUUUGCUGUUGUUUAUUACAAAAACCAUGUUUUUAAUGAGGUGUUUAUAUUAAGUGAUUACAAAAUAGUGAUAAUGUAACUACCAGUUUGCAACGUAAGCGUUAUCGGCACUCCAACCUCAAAAUGUCCGUUCUAAGCCCCUUCGUAUUUUGGGCCCAAAACGAGACCAACAUAUUUUUAAAAGUAGAUUUAAAAGACGUUAAGCAACCGAAUAUUAACCUAGAAACACGUAAGCUGCAAUUCCAGUCACAGGGAGUGGGGGCUAGAGGCUUAAACGACUAUGCUUUCGAAAUAGAUUUUCACUCAGACGUAGAUGUUAAGAAAAGCGUGCACAAAAUCACUGAUAAUAGGGUAGACUUCAAUAUAACGAAAAAUGAGAAGGGGUGGUGGCCUAGGUUGCUAACACAGACCCAGAAACCCUUCUGGUUGAAAAUCGACCAUGACAGGUUCCAGUCGGAGGAUAUGGACGACGACGUGGCCGACGUCAUGCAGGACUACCCAAACUUGUAUGAGAAGUUACAGAAGGAGGAGUUCGGAUAUCGGAAAGAAGACUUCAAAAAAGUCUACUUGUCGUUGUACAAUUUGUUUAUGUAUGUGGGUUUCAUGUACGUGGUUUGCGUUUUGUGCGUCAGGUAUUUAAGAGACGGCUCGGACUCCUUCCCGGGGACUUACGCCGCAGUGGGGCCCGCUAUGUGUUUCCUACACUUAAUCCAGGCUCUGGAGAUCCUGCACCCCCUUUUUGGCUACGUGAAAGGGGGGAUGUUAAUGCCCUCGAUACAAAUCGGGGGGCGCUUAUUCGUACUUGUUAUGAUGUUGGAGUUCGAGCCUAGGCUCCAAGUCAUGCCCGUGGUGUUUUAUUUGUUCAUGACGUGGUCCGCCGUUGAGAUAAUCAGAUAUCCAUAUUAUAUGUCUCAAUUAUUCAAAAAAGAGAACGGUUUGCUGACCUGGCUCCGGUACACGGCGUGGAUUUUUUGCUACCCGAUUGGGUUUGUCUGUGAGGGGGUGAUCAUUUUUAGGAAUAUGAUUUUCAUGGAGCAGGAUAACUCGUGGGCGCUGACGCUGCAGACGCCGAUUGAGCUAACCUUAAGGUUUUCGGCGGUUUUGCGCAUUUACUUGUUGAUUGGUAUCAUUCCGACGAUGUAUCUCAUGAUGUCGCAUAUGUAUAGGGCACGGAAGCAGAAAAUCGGGCCGAUUUCGGUGAGGAGGCCCAAAGCUAGGGUCUUUAAGAAGGAAAAAUAGUCAAUUUUGCACAUAAUCAAACUGUUAUUGGUGGAAGUUUUCACAAUAAAAAGUCUUAGAGGUGGCGCUUU